UAUGUUAUUUAAAGACAAUUAGAAUCUUUAAUUUACUAUUCAAUCGGAACUAUUAUAGGAGUAUUAGUAUCAGAUUCAUUCAAAUUAAAUUUUGGAACUGGAGGUCUUAUAAUUCUAAUUUUAAUGUUCAUUUUUGAAGCAAGUGUGAAAUAAAUAAUUUUAAAAGAGUUAGAAUUAACUCCAUUUUUUAUAUUCAUUAACUCAAACUUAAGUCAAAUUUUAUCCAAAACAGCAG